AUGUGCUCAAGUAACGAGUCCAACCAUCUUUCCGACAACUCCUCACCAGACCCUCUCGACUCCCGGCAAUUUGGAAGAUUCUCGGGAGAUUAUUCACAAAAUACCCCGCUACGGACCUGGGAGCAAUUAGAGGGGUCAUUUAUCCAACAAAGUCACAAGUUGACAGCCCGCAAGGCCGCUCCUACGCAGUUCCGAGUCCCCAGCAUUUCUAUCAUGGCCGUAUCCUCCAAACUACAUUCUCCAUCCCAAUCCCUCGUCGUGACUACGCCAAGAUCCAUUCUUAAAACCCACAAACAAAGCCCUCCCAGACAUUCGAUUACCCUCCCCUUGUCCGAGACGAUAUCAGAUCACUUCCCAUGUGAACUUGUCCAAAUCAUCAUCGAUUACCUCCACGACGAUAGAGCGGCGCUCGCAGCAUGCAGUAGAGUCUGUCGAACUUGGCUCUCCCUAUGCAGAGUUCACUUCUAUGCGAAGAUGACCAUUGAACCAGGCAAUACAGCAGGGUUCCUGGACCUUGUGACGUCCCCGCAUACCACGAUCGGAACUUACAUCCGGCAUCUCACCAUCCAGAAGCAAACUGGGCACAUAGACCACUUCUUCAUACUGAACAAUGCAUCGUGUCGACGAGUCCCUGACUUCCAUUUCGACAACGUCCUCCGCCAUGUCAAGACAUUCACGUCGAUCACGAAGCUCUCGUUGUUCAAAGGAUAUGGCGAGAACCCAAAGCUCAUCUCGCACCUCCAGGACUUUCUCAGCCUGGAAGGUUUAGAGCUGCGAAGCUGGUCUUUCCCCGGAUUUUCAGAUUUUGUCGGGGUCGUUUGUGCACCUCGAAACUUGGUUCGGCUUUCUUUGACCGACAUUGCAUGGGGAACUAGACGAUCCCUGGCACCCAACCUACGCUUGCCUCCCCGCCUUCGGCACAUGGCAAUAUUCAUGGAGAAACAGGGGCAAUUCUUUGAUUGGAUGUUAAGAUGCGCGACCCAACCAAUAGAGUCACUAGAGGUGGGGGGAGUUUUUGGCCCAGACGACGCGCUCGCUUGUGCAAACUUCUUGCGCGUACUUGGACCUACGCUCAAACAUCUCAGUUUGUACACACCCAGCCGCAUCAGGAAAGUCAAUCUGGUGUACAACACAGGUCUUCAGACGCUUUAUAUCAGCCAUCUGCAGGUCAGCCAAUGGGAAGGAAGCGGACCCCCACCACGGGACAAAAUUUCCGAAAUCCUCGCACAGUUGUGUUCACCAAAUAUUGCCACAAUUAGUCUUCAGCUCCUCAUGCACGAACCCGAAGCACUUAAGACGAUCGCCUGGAGGCAAAUCGAGCACACCCUCGCCUUGCCUCGUUUUGCAAGUCUCGAAACAGUUGAAUUUCGCGUGCCAAAGUGUAGGAAAUGGGCGCUAUCUUUGCUAGAAAAAAACCUGCCCAACGUGGCUGCUCGGGGCAUCUUGUCUGUGGCGAAUGGUUGA